UCAAUUUAAUUAAUUAUAUUCCCAAUUCUGUCUUUGUCUCCCUCCCUCUUUCUCAACUUUCCUUGUUCAUGUUUUGACUGCUCUAACAAAUUAAAUCUUCACCGACUGAAGAAAUCUCUCCUCAAUUAUCUACUUUUGUCUUAUUUUACAUGUGAUUGUAAUAUAUAAAUCGGAACGAUGACGAAGGUGGGUCGUGAUUUCAGCUAUACAAUGCAAAGUUUGGCAGUUCCCCCUGUAUCUGCAGAUGUGAUGUUUGCAUCUACUCGAUUUCCAAACUACAAAAUUGGGGCUAAUGACAAAAUUGUGUACGGAAAUGAAGACCAAAAGUUGGUUUCUAUGAAGGAAGUCAUAGCCAAAGAGACUGCUCAGUUGUUAGAACAACAAAAACGCUUAUCUGUUCGUGAUUUGGCUAGUAAAUUUGAGAAGGGCUUAGCUGCUGCUGCUAAAUUAUCCGAUGAGGCUAAACUCAGGGAUGUGACUUGUUUAGAGAAACAUGUUCUUUUGAAGAAGCUUAGAGAUGCACUUGAAUCACUUAGAGGGCGUGUUGUGGGUAAGAACAUGGAUGAUGUAGAGGAUGCCAUUGCUAUGGUUGAAGCUUUAGCUGUUCAGUUGACUCAGAGGGAAGGAGAGUUAAUUCAAGAAAAGGCUGAGGUUAAAAAGCUUGCAAAUUUUUUAAAGCAGGCUUCAGAAGAUGCUAAAAAGCUUGUUGAUGAAGAAAGAUCUUUAGCAAGGGGUGAAAUUGAAAAUGCAAGAGCUGCAGUUCAGAGAGUAGAAGAGGCUCUUCAGGAGCAAGAAAAAAAUUCAAAAGCUUCUGGAACCCAGGAUUUGGAAGAACUAAUGAAGGAGGUUCAAGAAGCCAGGAGGAUCAAAAUGCUGCAUCAGCCUAGCAAGGUUAUGGACAUGGAACACGAGCUUCAAGCAUUACGAAUUCAACUGGCUGAGAAGUCAAAGCGGUCAAUUGAGCUUCAGAAAGAGUUGGCAAUCAGUAGGAGGGUAGAGGAAAGCACAUCCUACUUGUUUGAAUUAAAUGGGACACCUGCUUUAGGUUCAUAUUUACAAAUCCAACCCUCUUCCAAAAAAACCUCACAACUUUCACAAUCUUCUAUUCAAUGGUAUCGAUUCACAUCUGAAAAUGGAAACAGAGAGAUUAUUUCAGGGGCCACAAAAUCUAUCUAUGCUCCUGAGCCCUCUGAUGUUGGCCGGAUUCUUCAAGCUGAUGUCAUUUCAGAUGGUCAAACUAUUACACUCACAACAUCUGAUCCCAUUGAACCAGCUGCGGGACUAGGAAACUAUGUGGAAGCAUUGGUUCGUCGACAUGACACAGAAUUUAAUGUAGUUAUAAUCCAAAUGAAUGGGGUGGAUCAUCCUUCAGAGUCUAUUCAUGUACUUCAUGUGGGGAAGAUGAGGAUGAAACUUUGUAAAGGGAAAACAACAGUUGCUAAAGAAUACUAUUCACCUUCAAUGCAGCUGUGUGGAGUUCGGGGUGGUGGAAACGCUGCAGCUCAAGCAUCAUUCUGGCAGCCAAAGAUCGGGCUCUCAUUUGUUUUGGGAUUUGAAUCAGAAAGAGAAAGAAAUGCUGCUAUUAUGCUAGCUAGAAGAUUUGCCUUUGAUUGUAAUAUCAAUCUUGCUGGCCCUGAUGAUACAGCAGCCCAGAAACCUUAACUUCUGAGAAUGAAUAUGUAAUGUGUUAUAAAUGUAUGUAUAAGUUAGAAGGAAUUGGGAUUACUCAGAUUGUGAAAUUGUUGCUUACUUUAUAUUUUUAUUUACACCAUUUUGGCAUCGUUUUGUUUGCCUUUUUGGUUUUGCUCAUUUUGGUUCCUCAUUGAUUGUAACAUGUUUUUGUAGUUGUAUAUGAAUUUAAUACUA